AAAUUACCAUUUUGUCCCGUCCGUUACGUCCCUAGCCAUACCAGAGCAGAGAGAAAGAGAAGACAGAGCAGUGACAGAGGAGAGAAAGCAUCUCAUCUGAAACCUUCCUGUCAGUUCCUUUAUUGGUAGCCUGUCCCUAAUCAUCCAAAUACCUCUUUUUCCUCAUUUUGCUCUCUAUUAUUUCUUUCUCUGUAACACUCAUUCUCUAUUGAAUUUCCGAUCCCAAAGCAAAACCAAGAGAACAAAGAUGCCGGGUCUUGUCUCGGUCAAGACGCCACCAGAGGCGCCUCCUCUUCGUAUCUCAGUUCCCGAGAUCCAAUCUCAAGCCCAGCAACAGUCACAAACCCGACCCGAACCCGUUGUUCCCAGAACGCCCAACAAGAAGCCUCCAUCUCCUUCUCCUUCCCGAUCGAAACCUUCUCCUACUCGCUCUGCUAAGAAACCGCCGCCUGAUUCCCCCAACCCGCUUCUCCUCGCUGACGCUUCCCUUGACAAUCCGGAUCUCGGUCCAUUCCUGUUAAAGCUUGCUCGUGAUACCAUUGCCUCUGGAGAGGGUCCUAGUAAGGCUUUAGAUUACGCAAUUCGAGCUUCUAAGUCUUUUGAGCGAUGCGCCGUCGAUGGAGAGCCGAGUUUGGACCUUGUUAUGAGCUUGCACGUGCUGGCGGCUAUCUAUUGCAGUUUAGGGAGGUUCGACGAGGCUGUGCCGGUUCUUGAGAGAGCUAUAAAGGUGCCGGAUUUGACUAGAGGAAUGGAUCAUGCGCUUGCGGCGUUUUCUGGGUAUAUGCAGCUGGGGGAUACUUACUCGAUGCUUGGACAAGUUGAUAAGUCCAUUGCCGCUUACGAAGAGGGGCUUAAGAUUCAGAUCGAGGCUUUGGGAGAGACUGAUCCCAGGGUUGGAGAGACUUGCAGGUAUUUAGCUGAGGCCAAUGUUCAAGCCAUGAAUUUUGAUAAAGCAGAAGAUUUGUGCAAGAAAACUCUUGAAAUUCAUCGCGCACAUAGUGAACCCGCCUCUCUUGAAGAGGCAGCUGACCGCCGACUGAUGGCCCUUAUAUGUGAAGCAAAAGGAGAUUACGAAUCAGCUCUUGAGCACCUUGUUCUUGCCAGCAUGGCAAUGAUUGCGAAUGGACAAGACAAUGAGGUUGCUGCUAUUGAUGUCAGCAUUGGAAACAUUUACAUGUCACUGUGCCGCUUUGAUGAGGCCAUCUUCUCUUACCAAAAGGCUCUCACAGUGUUCAAGUCUUCAAAGGGUGACAACCACCCUUCAGUUGCCUCUGUCUUCGUCCGCCUUGCCGACCUAUAUAACAGGACAGGAAAGCUCAGAGAAUCGAAGUCUUAUUGUGAAAAUGCUCAGAGGAUAUAUGCCAAACCUGUGCCCGGAACCACAGCAGAAGAGAUUGCUGGUGGGUUGACUGAGAUUUCUGCCAUAUACGAGUCUGUGGAUGAACCCGAGGAGGCAUUGAAACUGUUGCAGAAGGCAAUGAAGUUGUUGGAAGAUAAACCAGGACAGCAAAGCACUAUUGCAGGAAUAGAAGCACGAAUGGGAGUGAUGUUUUACAUGGUUGGGAGAUAUGAAGAAGCAAGGAACUCAUUUGAGAGUGCUGUAGCAAAACUUAGAGCGAGUGGAGAGAGAAAGUCAGCUUUCUUUGGUGUUGUGCUGAACCAGAUGGGAUUGGCCUGUGUACAGUUGUUCAAGAUAGAUGAGGCUGCUGAGUUAUUUGAAGAAGCAAGAGCCAUACUGGAGCAGGAGUGUGGCCCUUGCAAUCAAGAUACCCUUGGAGUAUAUAGCAAUCUUGCGGCAACCUAUGAUGCUAUGGGAAGGGUUGACGAUGCAAUUGAGAUCUUAGAAUAUGUUCUUAAAUUAAGAGAGGAAAAGCUUGGGAUUGCAAAUCCUGAUUUCCAAGAUGAGAAGAAUAGGCUAGCUGAGCUUCUGAAAGAAGCAGGCAGGGCUCGUAACAAAAAGGCAAAAUCAUUGGAACAUCUCAUAGAUAACAACUCAAAGAGGACGAAGAAAGAGUCGACAAAGAGAUGGCCUGGCCUUGGUUUUAGAAUUUGAACAUUUGUUAAACGCCUAUAUUUAUCCACACGUGCACAUUCUGUAACAUAGCUCAUGUAUAGUGUCAAUGUUUAAUCUGGUGUUUUUCUUUUUCUGUUUCUUGAGCUUUGAAACUCUGAUUUGUUUGCUACAUUUCAUUGUUUUUGUUGAUUGUCUGUGUUGUGACCUAAGUUCGCUGAGAAGAGGAAUGGAUGCCCAUUUGAGCCAAUAAAUUUUGAAGUUCUGGUGUUUAUGAA